AUGUCCGCCCUGUUCGACCACGUCGAGCGCGCGUCGAAACCGACCGAUGUCGCGUCGAGCAGACCCGUGAACGCUCGCUUCGCGUGCGCGUGCGAGGACGAGCGCGGUUCGUUUUACGUUUUAAAUCACCGAGGCGAAAUUCGAUCGACGCUCAGUCGCGACGUCGUGCGCUACGCCGUCGAUCUCGACGCGAACGACGGCGCGCGCGCGCGCGUGGUCAAGCACGUCCCCGCGUACGGUAAGCCGUUCGACGCCGAGCGCGUGAGCGUGAGUCCGAGCGGGAGACACGCGUGCGCGAGCGGGGAGCGAGACGAGGGUUCGGGAGCGCGCGUCGUCGCGGCGUGUUACGUCGCCUGUCUCAGCGCUGGCGUCUCCACGGGGUUUACGGGUGAUGACGACUCGAUUCGUCAAGCGAAAGAGCUCGAUGAUGGCGUGGAGACGCGCGCGUGCGCGGCGAUAGGGGUGUGCGAGGAGGAAUUCGAGGCGGUACCAAACGUGCGCGUCGUGCGGUGCGCGUGGCACCCGAGCGCGGACGCCACGCUGGCUAUGUUGACCACGGAUGGCGUCUUUCGCUUGAUUAAUUGCGAUAACGUCGCCGCUGGGGGUAAACCCGUGGUGGAACGGUGCUGGAAGUUGGAUUUGAACGGGUCGUUUCCCGAGGCUUCGCCGUUGCGGCCAGACGUCGUGGACUUCGCGUUCGCGCCUGCGAACGGUUGGGGAGCUUUCACGGUGUAUUUUCUCGCCAAGACCGGCGAUUUGCACGCCAUGUGCCCCGUGGUCCCGCGUGGCGCGAAGUAUCCGCGAGUCACGCUCAAGCAUUUGGCGGCGGAGAACGCCGCCGCCGCGGCGUGGCUCGAUGAAACGUUUCCCGAACUCGACGACACGCGUGUGCCCAUGCUCGCCGCGCACGUGAGCAAGGACGAGGGAAGACCUGUGGCUUUGCAAGGACCGUUACCGAGAUCUGUUUCUUCCACGCAAGGUGCGUCCGAGGGUGAGGAUGCCCUCGCGCUCGCGGUGUCGCCUGCGUUUUUCGAUCUCGGCGUCGGUGGCACGGUGGCGACGCUCCACGCAAACGCCGCGCACGUGCACAUUCUACCGAGCGAGGUGAAGCCGUCCUGGUGUGAUGGCCCACAUAGAAACGUCCGCGGAUAUACCUUCGUGAUGAGUGAUGCGUCGCCGUCGGCUCCCGAUCUCCCCAAACUACUCACGGUGGACACCGUUCGUCUGAGCGCAACGCCGGGCGAACAAAGUUUGGCAAAGGUAAAAUUUGCCAGUGUCACGUGGGAUCCGGCUUUGCGAGAAAGAGUCUUCGUGUGUGUCAACGGUAUCGUGCACUCCAUAGUUUUAACAUGGCUUCCCGUCCUCGAAACUGCGGCCGAGGACGCGGUGGAUGAAAAUCACGCCGACUAUGGCGCGUUGCCGAUGCCUCAAGUUGCGGCGUUGUGCGACUUUGACGCCCCGCUCGUCGGUCUGCAACCGCUCGGUGAUCCCCUGGCCGAGGGAGUCGUUGUGACUAUUAGGAGCGAUGGUACACACAGAAUGCUCAUCCCGCCCCCAGCGAGCGCUAUGGCGGAGUCCGGAGGCGAUCUGGCAACGUCCGCCGUCGCCGUGCAGCCGCAAACGCUCGAGGCGGGCUCUAGGAGCGAGCUGCGGGCGCUGUCCGAAGGUAUUCGUAAAGAUAAGAUGAAGGGGGUAGACGAAAUCAUGAAAGAGUGCGGCGUGACGCCCGAGAUGAAAACUGGAGAUCCCGGCUCGAAUGAGGCGCUCGCAAAGUGCGCGAGAGCGUUGAAGGAAAUUUACGUCGACUACGCGAGAGACGUGCACGACGAAGUUCGCACGACAGCGCUUAGAUUGACGGCGGAGAUCAAAAGGCAAAAAGAAGAGGUUACCUCUCUUUUGAAAAGCGCCAAUGAUGCCAUCGAACGCCACAACGCGCUCGUCGAGCGCAUAGAAGACUCGGCUGCGACGCACGAAAGUAUUCGAGAGCGCCUACGGGAUUUAGCCGAGCAGGAAAAGACCAUUCCUCAUCCACUCUCCAAGGCGGAAAAGUUGCUCAGAUCACAAAUGGAAGCGUACGAAGCGGAUCUGCCGCUCUUGAAACAGCGCAUCGACGAACUAAACGAGCGAGCGUCGGUGGCGACGGAACGAGACGACGACGACAUCGGAUACGUCGGCUCGCGGCGCGUCGUCGGUCAGUCCACCCCCACCGACGAGUGCGGCGAAGACGAGCGCAAAGUUCGAAAGGCACUCACAGCGCAGGGUGAUUCGAUCAAAGAAAACGUCGCGAAAGCCAAAUUAAUUCGCGAAUUGUUGCUAGAUGACUAGGGCAAAAGAC